AGACGAACCACACACAAACACGCACAGCACACAGCGGACAGUUCAGAAGAGGAGAGAAGGGGGCCUCCAGACCAAGAGUAGUCUCGCGUCGAGUUAUCCCUCGCCCACCGAGGGAAGAGUGGGGAGCCGGUUUAGAGGGACAAGCCCUCGAUCCCCGAUCCCAACUCACCUCUCUUCCCGAUGGAGACUCGGAAGUUGGAGGGACGCCACCGAUUGCACUCAAGCUCUCGUCCCUUUGUAUCAAAGGGUUAUCGAGAGCAUCCUCCUCUUAAUCCAACAAACCCAAUCCCGAGGGAUGGGCGACCCCCUGGCCUCUUCCUUCUUUUCUUCUACCAACUCGAUCUCAUGCCCCCACGAAAAACGCAGAAAGAAGAACAAGGCAGACAGAGGCCAUAUGGUGUGAGAGUCCGAUCUCAAUCUCAAGGCCUUCUAUCAUCGAUAGUCCCUCCCACUAUUUGCCCGUCUUUCCCACCGCUACAGAGACUGAAAAGAGAAACGAAGAAAAGGACCAUUGAGCCGAAUGAGUCUCCAGAGAAGAGAAAGAGUAAAAGACGAGAAAAGCAAAAGAGCAACACAGAGGCAGACCACCUUCACGAGCCGAAGCCGGUGCUCUACGGUGCGAGGUCCUCAUUCGCCCAAGCCUCUUCCUUGCCGUUCCAUGAAGGAACGGUGGCGUCUUGGGCUCGAGGGAGAGGCAACACUCGAUUCGGAGCUGGUGAAAAGCCGCUUUGCCGCUCCUCUACAAUUCCACACCUCCUCUCACCGUCAAGAGCAAGAGAAACCUGAUGAGAAGAGCCUCUGUCAAGGUAGAGGCCCCGUCGUAAGCGGCUCCCGGCGCUCGCCUCCCUUGGCACCCUUCUUCCAGGGGCUCAAUCGACCCAUCGAAACCUUUCCCCAGAACCCUUUCCAAUACCCUGUGCAGCGGAUAAGAAGAACAAAGGUGUGAAGAACACCAACGGUAGCGUGACCAAGAGAGCAACAUUUCUGGUGUGGACCCAC